UAAGCCACAUUGUUGCACGAAACUCCAGCAGGAGUCCCGGGCCGCCGCGGGUAACGCCGUGUCACUCAGCUAGAAAGAUCUACGGGCGGGAGCAUCGCGCGUGUUUGUCUAAGAGGGCUGAUCGCCCCAGUGGAGCCGGGCUGCGAUUCUUUCCAUGUUGAGCCCUAGGGCCCCUGUGGCUGAAGUUAGCGCCUUGACGUAGGGCAGCCGGACACGUUGCCUGGGAGUGAGACUUAGCCGCCUUUACCAGUUUUAACUCCAGAAAACCCUGUUUCUAGAGAGCCGGGGGCCCCCAGCCAGGCGCGCCAUCGCCGUUAGCGUUCUUAGUGGACUCCCUGCGUCCCGUCGGGCCGCCGAGCCUAGGUACAAAGCGGUCGGACCGCCCGCCAGCCUCCCCCGCAAGCGCUCGCGCCCCGGUUUCCCAAGUCGGCGCCGUCUGGCCGCGGCAGGAUGAUUGCCUCGCAUCUGCUCGCCUACUUCUUCACGGAGCUCAACCAUGAUCAGGUGCAGAAGGUUGACCAGUAUCUCUACCACAUGCGUCUCUCCGAUGAGACCCUCCUGGAGAUCUCUAAGCGGUUCCGCAAGGAGAUGGAGAAAGGGCUCGGAGCCACCACCCACCCCACUGCUUCCGUGAAAAUGCUGCCGACCUUUGUGAGGUCCACUCCAGAUGGCACAGAACAUGGGGAGUUCCUGGCUCUGGACCUUGGAGGCACCAACUUCCGUGUGCUGUGGGUGAAAGUAACCGACAAUGGGCUGCAGAAGGUGGAGAUGGAGAACCAGAUCUACGCCAUCCCCGAGGACAUCAUGAGAGGCAGUGGCACCCAGCUGUUCGACCACAUUGCUGAAUGCCUGGCUAAUUUCAUGGACAAGCUGCAAAUCAAAGACAAGAAGCUCCCUCUUGGUUUUACCUUCUCAUUCCCCUGCCACCAGACUAAACUUGAUGAGAGUUUCCUGGUGUCGUGGACCAAGGGGUUCAAGUCCAGUGGAGUGGAGGGCAGAGAUGUGGUGGCUCUGAUCCGCAAGGCCAUCCAGCGGAGAGGGGACUUUGAUAUUGACAUUGUGGCCGUGGUGAAUGACACAGUUGGGACCAUGAUGACCUGUGGCUAUGAUGACCAGAACUGUGAGAUUGGUCUCAUUGUAGGCACCGGCAGCAAUGCCUGCUACAUGGAGGAGAUGCGCCACAUCGACACGGUGGAGGGGGACGAGGGGCGGAUGUGCAUCAACAUGGAGUGGGGAGCCUUCGGGGACGACGGAAUACUCAAUGACAUCCGCACCGAGUUUGACCACGAGAUCGACAUGGGCUCGCUGAACCCUGGGAAGCAACUAUUUGAGAAGAUGAUCAGUGGGAUGUACAUGGGGGAGCUGGUCAGGCUCAUCCUUGUGAAGAUGGCCAAGGAGGAGCUGCUCUUCGGGGGGAAGCUCAGCCCAGAACUCCUUACCACAGGCCGCUUUGAGACUAAAGACGUCUCCGAUAUUGAAGGGGAGAAGGAUGGCAUCAAGAAGGCUCUGGAGGUCCUCGUGCGGCUCGGCCUGGACCCGACACAGGAGGACUGCGUGGCCACUCACCGCAUCUGCCAGAUCGUGUCCACGCGCUCGGCCAGCCUGUGCGCAGCCACACUGGCUGCUGUGCUGCGGCGCCUCAAGGAGAACAAGGGCGAGGAGCGGCUGCGCUCCACCAUCGGGGUCGACGGCUCUGUCUACAAGAAACACCCCCAUUUCGCCAAGCGUCUUCACAAGGCCGUGCGGAGGCUGGUGCCCGACUGUGAUGUCCGCUUCCUCCGCUCCGAGGAUGGCAGUGGCAAAGGGGCGGCCAUGGUGACAGCGGUGGCCUACCGGCUGGCUGACCAACACCGAGCUCGCCAGAAGACCCUGGAGGCCCUGAAGCUGAGCCAUGAGCAGCUGCUGGAGGUGAAGAGGAGGAUGAAGUUAGAGAUGGAGCGUGGCCUGAGCAAGGAGACCCACGCCGUGGCCCCGGUCAAGAUGCUGCCCACCUACGUGUGUGCCACUCCCGAUGGCACAGAGAAAGGAGACUUUCUGGCCUUGGACCUCGGAGGAACAAACUUCCGGGUGCUGCUGGUGCGGGUGCGGAAUGGGAAGCGGCGUGGCGUGGAGAUGCACAACAAGAUCUACUCCAUCCCGCAGGAGGUCAUGCACGGCACAGGGGAUGAGCUCUUUGACCACAUCGUGCAGUGCAUCGCCGACUUCCUGGAGUACAUGGGCAUGAAGGGUGUGUCGCUGCCGCUGGGCUUCACUUUCUCCUUCCCGUGCCAGCAGAACAGCCUGGACGAGAGCAUCCUCCUCAAGUGGACGAAAGGCUUUAAGGCGUCCGGCUGUGAGGGCGAGGACGUAGUCAGCCUGCUGAAGGAAGCCAUCCACCGGCGAGAGGAGUUUGACCUGGACGUGGUUGCCGUGGUGAAUGACACUGUGGGAACCAUGAUGACCUGUGGCUACGAAGACCCUCACUGUGAAGUCGGCCUCAUCGUUGGCACGGGCAGCAAUGCCUGCUACAUGGAGGAGAUGCGCAACGUGGAGCUGGUGGACGGGGAAGAGGGGCGGAUGUGCGUCAACAUGGAGUGGGGGGCCUUCGGGGACAACGGGUGCCUGGACGACUUCCGCACAGAAUUCGACGUGGUCGUGGAUGAGCUUUCCCUCAACCCUGGCAAGCAGAGGUUUGAGAAAAUGAUCAGUGGCAUGUACCUGGGUGAGAUCGUCCGGAACAUCCUCAUCGAUUUCACCAAGCGUGGGCUGCUCUUCCGAGGCCGCAUCUCAGAGCGACUUAAGACCAGGGGAAUCUUUGAAACCAAGUUCCUGUCUCAGAUUGAGAGCGACUGCCUGGCCCUGCUCCAAGUCCGUGCCAUCCUGCACCACCUGGGGCUCGAGAGCACCUGUGAUGACAGCAUCAUCGUCAAGGAGGUGUGCACCGUGGUGGCGCGGCGGGCAGCCCAACUCUGCGGCGCAGGCAUGGCCGCCGUGGUGGACAAGAUACGAGAAAACCGGGGGCUGGACGCUCUCAGAGUGACAGUGGGCGUGGACGGGACCCUCUACAAGCUGCAUCCUCACUUUGCCAAAGUCAUGCACGAGACGGUGAAGGAGCUGGCUCCGAAAUGUGACGUGUCCUUCCUGGAGUCAGAGGACGGCAGUGGCAAGGGGGCGGCUCUCAUCACGGCCGUGGCCUGCCGCAUCCGCGAAGCCGGACAGCGAUAGGACCCCUGGCAUCACAAGGGACUUCUGGUUCCUCCCUCCCUGGUUUUAAAUCAUAAAGCAUCACCCCUUGUGCCAGAGACCGACCCCUUGGCAGAGAGGAUCCCAUGGGACUGGGUUUUGUCUCUGUAAUUACUCACUGUAGAGUUCGGUACCUCAGCCUUGGCCCUCCUCCGAUACAUACGCGUUGGAGUAAGAAUUUGUCCACACCGGUCACAACCAGCCCCAUCGGUUCUCUUAAAACUAGAAAAAGAAAUUAACUCUUAGUAAUAAUACCCCUGAUCGUAUUCCACAUCCCUGUAGAUUCCAAAGGAUAGGAUGCCGAUGAAGAGAGCUGUUCUUCAUCGUGGAGCCUGAACGUAGCAUUCUCUGUGAAGAGCAGCCCCCAGCGUGGGUGCUGCUGAUCCUGUUUCUCCCAUCAGAGACCUGGGUUGGUCUCAUCCAAGUGAGCCUGAUUCUCCUGCAGACAACUUGGGGGGCAGAAGGAGAGGUAGCAGUGGAGGGAACGGGUUUCCAUGGGGCAGCCGCUCUUCAACCUCAUCUUUAUGUGUUUGCCCUGUGAAUUCCAGCAUUUGCUCUCCCUGGAAUCAAGAAUCCCAUGUCUGGGCAAUGAAACCAAAGCCAGGAAUCAAUACUUCUUGCAUCUGGGCUCAAUUCAGGUGCAUGAAUCAUCCAUGAACAGUGGACCUCUGUGGGAGGGAGAGCAUUUCGGUUUGUUUUUAAGAUUGUUUUUCCUGUAAAAGUGAAAACACUGUAUUUUCAUUUUAAUUUAUGUUUGAAAUUUAUUUAGUUGAUGAAGUAGGUCUGUUUCAUGUUGACAUGUAAUGGUCAAUUGUAUGUAAUGUAUUUAUAUGUUAAUUUGUUAUGUAUAUAGAACUGCAGAGUCUCCGUGGACUUGGCCUCAUGAGUAGAUUAGCAUAGUUAAGGAUGGAAGGUGACAGUACUGACAGAGUUACUAGAAAUACCUCGUUCACCUGCCGGAAGAGAAGGGAAGCCUCUCCUGGGCGAGUGAAUGGCAAAGCAGCCGCCGUCUAUCACUUCCUUCCCUGUAGGCUUAGGAAUAUUUGGAAGGCAGGGACAGGGACAGGAGUUGGGCCUGUGGCUUGGAGAAGGAACCACAGCAAUUGCUGCUCUGUCUAGAGACUCAAAGGAAACCAAAGGAUUCAUUUCACAUGGACUCACUGUGUAGACAUCUUUAUUCUCUUUUUAGGGCAGUGAGCACUUCAGAGUUCUGAGAAGAUGAAGGAAGCCACCAAAAAUGUGUAAAAAUCGCUAUCCAAUCAUCGACGACAAACCAAAACGAAGCAAUUAAAUAACCAAACAAAACCUCAGGGACAUUUGUUGUCAAUGUAUUUGUGCCCUCCUAGCAAAUGACACCUUGGGUCUGUUUAGUGAAUGUUUUGCAGGAAGCGUCCAUGUGCUUUCUUAGGCUGAACUGGUAUUGGUGUGCUGACCGUUUUUGUGUUUUAUACACAGUAUUUAUUUCAAACUGUUGGGAGGGAUGGCAGUGUUAUAAAAGCUUCCCUACCCUAUUCUUAAAGAGUGUGAUUAAUUCUGAACCCCCAAGGCCCAGUUCUGCCCCCAGAUAUGCACAACCAUUCAACCUGGACACACGUAGGGGCCAGAGUUGUGGCUUAGUGGGGUGAGACUGACGGCAUCCCAUAUGGGCACCAAUUCAAGCCCCAGCUGCUCCACUUGCAAUCUAGCUCCAGGCUAAUGCACCUGGGAAAGCAGUGGAAGAUGGCCCCAGUGCUCGGAUCUCUGCCACCUACAUGGGAAACCCAGAGGAAGCUUCUGCCUCUGGACUUCAGCCUGGCCCAGCCCAGCCUUUGUGGCCAUUUGGGGAGUGAGCCCAGUGGGUGGAAGAUGUCUCUCUUUGUCUCUCCUUCUGUCUUUAAAACUCUGCCUUUCAGAUAAAUAAAUCUUUAAAAACAAAACAAAGUAAACCUGGACAUAGAAAAUGGCCUCGUAACACUACUAAACAAAAUGCAAAGAUUGGAACAGGGAGUUGGAAGGAAAGACUCAACUGCACCUGCUUUUUGCACAUUUUCCAAACUUGUACUACAAACAAGGCUUGAUUGUCAUUUUUUAACAAAGCAAAGUAAAAAAUAAGUGAAACCUCUGCAGCCUCCUGGGAAGCUCAGAAGGAAUGGGCCAGUUCCUUCUCAUUUGUUCCAGGCUCCCUUUGUCUGGGGUAGCUCCUCUUGCUGUCCCCAUCUGCACCAACUGAACCAGAAUGUGGGCGCCUCCCUCUCUAAUGAAAGCCAAAAGCCACCUGCAGGUUUGUGGGUCACAAAAAGGUACCUAUGAAAUAGAGAUGAAUUUCACCUUAAACUUGAAAAUUAGACAUCAUCUGUGAAAUGACACAUUUCUUAAAGGUAGUCGGGAAGUAUGUGUAACUAUUAAAGAUGUGUUGUUGGUUUCUAAAAAGGAAUGAUGGAAAUGCAUUUUAAAAAUGUUUGUGUUCCCAGCGUUUGGGUGACAGCUCCUAGCUGCUGCUGCUGCUUUGCUUAUGUAAAUACAGUGGAUCUCAGUCUUUGGGGUGUGCUGACGAGCGCAUCAUCUGAAAUCCUUGAGCACUCAGUCUAGUGAAGAUGUUGUCAUGUACAAUAAAGAACUAGUUGAAUUAACUA